AUGCGCAAUGAAUUUGGGUCCUGCAUUAAUUAUAGUUUACAGGAUGCGAUCGUUUUCAAGCUUUCAAACUUUGUCUGCGAGAGCCACAACAAAUCCUGGUUCGUGUUCCACAACUGUCGUCUAAAGGCCGUCAGUCGCAGCAAAGUGCUCCUCAACCUAAAUGCGACGAUUUUGCAUCCGACCAACGAUAUGACCUGUCACAUUCAAAUGUUUAAGAGAGCAAAUGGAUACAAGCCCUGGCUAUUCGACAUUGACUUUGAUGUCUGUCUGUAUUUCCGAAAGCAUAAUAAUCCAUUUUUUUCCAUAGUCCAUGGUCUUUUCAAAGAUUUUACCAACUUUAAUCACACAUGCCCCUACGUGGGCUCAGUGAUUGUCAAAGAUAUGUAUCCAAGACCCGAGCUACUGCGUCUUCCCAUUCCAACGGGUGAUUAUCUCUUGUCGUUGAAGUUUUUCUACUAUAAGAAGCAUCAAUUAGAUAUAAACGCUAGUUUUACGUUCGUCGAGGAUCUACUGAAGAGCUAA